AUGAGUAGCGACUUGGAAGACGAUGUGGAGCUGAAUGACGAGCCUGAGGUGGAGCUUGGUUUUGUAUGUGAUACACCACCUUUAAUAAAUAAAAAACCACUACAUUCGGAGCCAGAUUGGACCAAGUGGGAUGGAGGACAAAUUGGUGGACGUCCUAGUUGGUUGUGUCCAUCGACUCUAGGUCUUCCAUCCUCGACGCAGCUACAGUGCAUUGAAUGCAAUGAAUCAUUGUCUUUCUUAUUGCAAAUUUAUUGUCCAUUGGAUGAAAUAAUUGAUGCGUUUCACCGGAGCCUGUACGUCUUUGUAUGUCGCUCUCCUGGUUGCAGUCGUCAAGGCGACGGAAAAGCUUUUCGUCUGCAAUUGCCCAAGGACAAUGUCUUUUAUGCGGGUGAAAGUGGUGCAAAAGAGAUGAAGGCAAUUGGUAACAAAGCAGAACUAUGUGUGCUUUGUGGAGCACGUGCAACAUUUAGAUGUAGUGCAUGUCACAUGGCGCAAUACUGCAGUAAAAGCCACCAGAAGGACCAUUGGACAGCUGGAGGACACAAACAAUCGUGUGCACAAUGCUUAGAGACGCACUCGUUGGUGGAGUCGGAUGAAGCGCGGCAAAAGAUGAUGACGAAAGGGUCCAAGUGGGUCUUUGCUAGACACGAUUUGGAGAUUGAUAAUGAACCAGACAGCAGAGAGGCUGCAAACGAAUACGAAGCUAGGAUGAUAUCGGAGUAUGAGAAGACUAAGGGCCAGGAAGAAGACAACACGGAUCUGGAUGUGACUCAGCAAGAGCUAAAUGAGGCACUGGGCCAUACCAAGGACCAAGACGAGCAGUACGUGCGCUUUCUUACGCGCGUGGCGAUCGCCAAGAAUCAGGUGCUACGUUACUGUUGCUGGGAGAACGAGGCCGUGCUAUGGGUGCACUCGGAGGGUACGCACAGCGGCGAUGUGCCGCCGUGCGAACGGUGCGGUAGUGAGCGUAAGUUUGAGUUCCAGGUCUUACCGCAGUUAUUGAAUUACCUGGGUGUGGACUUGCAAGGUACACUCGGAGACAUUGCAUCACGCACUUGUGAGUGGGGAACACUUGUAGUCUACACGUGUGCAAAGAGCUGUCCACUUGAGACUCAAUGUGCCCAGGAAUUCUUACAUUACCAAUCUGCUUAUACCGGCACCACAUAG